GGGCUUCGCCUUAUACAGCAUUUCUCUCGAUCGACACAGUGAGCAAGAAUGUGGAGAAGAGCUUUCUGUAUUCUCUCACAAAGACCCUUUUCUUCACAACCUGAAAUCCCCACUUUGUAUUCUUUUCUCCAACCUUCAAUUUUCUCCUUAAAAAGAACACAACCACCUUCUUCUACAACCCCAACAAAACCCCAAGACCAAACCCCACUAACCUUAACACAAGAACAUAAAUCCAAUCUUGAAUCCACUCUUCAAAAUUCCAUAAACACCGACAACACAGAUGAAGCGUGGAAAUCAUUCAAGACUCUUUCAAAUUAUUCAGCUUUCCCAAGUAAGUCACUUACCAAUUCACUCGUCACUCAUUUGUCAUCAAUAAACGAUACCCAUAACAUAAAAAGAGCAUUUGCAUCUGUAGUUUUCUUGUUAGAGAAGAAACAAGAAUUGUUACAGCCUGAAACUGUACAUGUUCUGUUGAAAUCAAUGAGAGAUGCUAACACUGCUGCCCCUGCUUUUGCAUUGGUUAAGUCUAUGUUCAAGAACAGAUUUUUCAUCCCUUUUAGUCUCUGGGGUGAUGUUCUUGUCGAGAUUUGUAGGAAAAAUGGUAACUUUAGUGGGUUUUUACAAGUUUUCAAUGAGAAUUGUAGGAUUGCUAGUGAUGAGAAGUUGAAUUUCUUGAGACCUAGUUUGGCAGCUUGUAAUGCUGCACUAGAAUGUUGUUGUCGUGAGCUCGAAUCGAUAACCGAUGCGGAGAAGGUGGUGGAGACCAUGUCGGUUUUGGGUGUUAGGCCUGAUGAAUGUAGUUUUGGGUUGCUAGCUUAUUUGUAUGCAUUAAAGGGUCUUAAUGAAAAAAUAGUUGAGUUAGAAGGUCUAAUACGAGGAUUUGGUUUCACGGAUAAAGGGGUUUUUCGUAGUAGUUUGGUUAGCGGGUUUGUAAAGUGUGGUAAUUUGGGGUUUGUUUCAGCAACUAUUCUUCAAGGUUUAAGAGAAACGGGUGGACAAGGUUUAUGUUUUGGAGAAGGAACUUAUAGUGAAUUAGUAAGUGGAUUUCUUCAAAACGGGAGCAUAAUCGAUUUAGCUACUUUGAUUGGUGAAACUCAGACUUUGGAAUCUCCAUCAGUGAUUGUUGAGAGAUCUGUUGGAUAUGGCAUUAUCAAUGCUUGCGUUAGUCUCGGGUUAUUGGACAAGGCACAUAUGAUAUUUGAUGAAAUGAAUGCUCAGGGGGCUUCUUUAGGUCUUGGAGUCUAUGUGCCAAUAUUGAAGGCUUAUUGCAAAGAGCAAAAAACAGCUGAAGCUGCUCAAUUGGUGACAGACAUUAGCAGUUUAGGCCUCCAAUUAGAUGUUGCUACCUAUGAUGCUCUAAUUGAAGCGUCAAUGUCAUGCCAAGAUUUUCAGUCUGCAUUUUCUAUUUUUAGGGACAUGAGAGAAGCAAGAAUACCUGACUUGCAAGGGAGUUAUUUGACAAUCAUGACUGGUUUAACAGAAAGCCAUCGACCUGAGCUCAUGGCCGCUUUCUUAGAUGAUAUUGUUGAGGAUCCUAGAAUUGAAAUUGGAACACAUGAUUGGAAUUCCAUCAUUCAUGCCUUCUGCAAGGCUGGACGGCUAGAAGAUGCAAGGAGGACUUUCAGGAGAAUGACCUUCCUUCAGUUUGAACCAAAUGAGCAGACAUAUCUUUCUCUAAUAAAUGGAUAUGUGACAGCGGAGAAGUAUUUCAAUGUUUUGAUGCUGUGGAACGAAGUGAAAAGGAAGGUUUCGACGGAAGGGGAGAAGAAGUUUAAACUAGAUAAUAGCUUGGUCGACUCAUUUCUGUAUGCGUUAGUCAAAGGGGGCUUCUUUGAUGCUGUAAUGCAAGUGGUGGAGAAAUCUCAAGAGAUGAAGAUAUUUGUUGAUAAAUGGAGAUAUAAACAAGCAUUCAUGGAGAAACAUAAGAAGCUCAGAGUUUCAAAGUUAAGAAGGAGAAAUCGCAGUAAAAUGGAUGCACUUAUUGCUUUCAAGAAUUGGGCUGGUUUGAGUGCUUGAUGGGACACAUAUCUGUUGCUUGCCAAUACUCAACUUAACGUCAAAGGCUAAUGUCAAAGACACAGCAAGCGGCAAAUAGCUUUUCAGGAAACUCGCUUGCUAAUAUUAUGGGUUGCAGAGCCUUUAGCAGAAGACAGAGAUCAAAGAUGUAUUAUUCUUGCCAAACCAUAUGGAAAGUUCGAUCUAACUUCCAAGAAGCAGAAUUAUGCUUUGGGUAAAACACCAUUCUAGUCGAGCUAAAAGCUGCAAAAGCACUCUAGAAGUUGCUAUAUCAUGAAACCUUUCUUAUUAGUUGUAACACAAUUGUAUAAAAAUUUGCCUUUUCUCUCAGCCGGAGAAAUUGGCAUAGCGAGACCAGAAGUUGGGAAAGAAAUACCCCUGUGCUUGUAGAAAAACUCAACAAAUUGUCUAAUUUACUUACAAAUGCAUAACAUCCUUGGUUGGUUCAUCAAUCUCCACCAGCUCCUUUUGAUGCUGUUACUGGCCAAAAUGUGUAUUGUCAGAAUAUUUGUUAUUCAACUCUUGAAUAGGUGUCACAGAUAUCUGACGAGGAGCUUCUUUUGCUAGUACAAAUUGACUCUUGUCUGCUAUUAAAAUUGUUUGAUGAUAUAGAUGCCCUUGUGUUAAGCUGUUUUGUUGGGAUUCCAAGAUAGCAAGUGGGGGAUCAAUCAUGUGCUAUGUAUGGACAUUGGACAUGAUUCUUCUUUAGUUGCAUUGGCUGUUGCUGUAUUUGUGUCCAAAAGGGAAAAGCUAACGAAAAUUCAACUUUUGGUUCUUUGUUAGCAUGACUGUUGAGAGCUGUUACUGAUUUAUUUGUGUUUGUUUUGCGUAGGAAUGUAGGUAGAAGUAAUUGAUGUUCAUCUUCAAUCUAGUUAUGCUGAUUGCUAUGAUUUAAUUGUUGUGCUUGAACAGCCUUCUUCCUGUAGAAAUGAUUUUUAGCUACCAUAAUUGAGUAGUGGUAUUUGAAUUUUGUUUUCUUU